CAUUCAGUGACGCCAGUCUCACCAUAAGCCGUGGGUUGAGCAUCCUGGCUCCUCUCUUUACAAAUCUGGCGCACAGGACUCUUCAUCAAGCCAGAGUGAGCUGGGUAUACUGAAGCUCGCUGCUUCUCUGCGGUCACCCAAACCAUUCACCACCCUGACGCGACGCAGAAAGACAAUCAACACCAAGAUAUGGAAGGAUGCCUCGAGGUCCUCUUAAUCAGCAAGGAGAAGUGCCUCGCCAGGGCUGUCCUCAAGAAGGGCUCGAAGAGUGGCGCAGGGCUGGCAACUGCUCGGAGUCCAAAGAAAGUGACAAAGACAAUGCCGUCUCCAAAGCGGCACGCCAGCUCAGCCAAGAUGCAGAGGAAGCUUUGAAUGCAAGUCAGCACCCAAGAGUGCAGCAGCACCAGCAAGACGUACAGGUUCCAGCGCUAACGUGGCAGCAGAAGCUCCUACAGGCAUCCGGCUCAUCCAAGGGCAGGGCAAAGUUUCGCAGCUCGCCGAUGCGAUCAAGAAAGGACGGCAUGCUAUCACGGCCAGCGGCACAGCCAGCCUGGUACAUCUCAACAUCGUCUGCACCGAGAGCGCACAGUCGAGAAAGUAGUAGCUCUCCAGCGCCCAACCUUACCUGGCAGCAGAAGCAGCUGCUCAGACGAAGCCCGGACGAGAUGUGCGGUCACUGCCCCGAAGAUCGGCAUAGCUCGCGGCAGCAGAAGCAGCAUCCUAAAAGUUGCACGCGCACGACCCAAGAUGUAUACGUCGUGCCGCACUUGCCGUACAAGUAUCCAUCCGGCGCCCUUUCUGUCGCACCCUUCCGCCUCGGCUUCAUAGAGAAAGCCGCGUCAUACGAACCUGGGCCUCAAGCGCACCGUACCAAGCGCAUGUCCCCUCAAGACGCUGAUCAAGCUUGCCAAGUAGAAUCGUAUGCAGCGCCUAAAUGCUUCGAUGCUCCGCUGGCGCAGGCUUUACCCCAACCCUCUUUCAAUCGCCACUGAGCGCUAAUGCACGUCGACGAUGGUACACCCUUCUCCACUCUAUCCUUUGCAGCCAUUUAUUCUCAGAACCGGUAAUGUACGUUUAAAAGCAUCGUUGUUCCUCCGCAUUCACGAGUAGAACCAAGUCAAAGGUGCGACAAUCGAUUUGCCAUAGU